GCGGGAGACACGCCGCUCUAGGCCCCAUCUCCGUGGCCGCGCAGGCGCAGUGGGCGGCGCCCGGCCAUGCCGAAGGGAGCGCGCUCGGCGGCGGCCAAGCAGGAGGAAUGGCGGGGGGAGAGCGAGGGGCCGGAGCAACCGGUGAAGAAGGGCAAGAAGGACCGUCGGGGCAAGAAAUCGUUCUUUGAGGAGCUGGCAGAGGAGCAGAAAUCGGCCCCCGCUGAGGCCCCCUCUCCCCUGGAAAAGGAGGCGCCGGCUCAACAGAGCUCCCGGCGGAAGCGAGAGCGGAGGAAGGAGCGGCGGCGGCCAGGGGCGGAGCCUGAGGGGGAGGAGGCAGAGCUUUGCCGGAGGCUGCAGGAGCUGGCGGCUGCUGGUAGCGAGGAAGAGGAGGAAGAAGCACCGGCUCCCAGGAAAGGAGGGAGGAGAAGGAAGGGCGGCAACGUCUUCGCGGCGCUGAGCCAGGAGCAGAGCGAGGAGGAGGAGGAGAAGCAGGAGGAAGGCUCACGGCCCAGCAAGGGAAAAAGCAAUAAGGAAGAAGAAGAGGGUGAGAAGAAGAGAAAGAGCCGGAAGAAUGAGAAGCCCAAGGGGAAGCGGCAGGGAAAAGCCGCCAGCGAGGAUGAGGCCGAAGGCUCCGAGGAGGAUGGGCGGAAGGGGAUGAAGAACAAGUUCUCGGCGCUGCGUGAUAAGGAAGAGGAGGAUGAAGAGGCCGAAGAGCGGCGGAAGGGCAGCGAGGGGGAGGACGAGGAGGAGGAGGAGGAGGAUGGCGGAAAGAAGGCCGAGCCCGACGCUCGCGUCAGCAAGAAGGAGAAGAAGAAGAUGAAGAAGCAGCUGGAGUACGAGCGCCAGGUUGCCACCAUGAAGGCGGCGGCGGCCGCAGGGGAGAACGACUUCUCGGUGUCACAGGCCGAGCUCUCCUCACGCCAGGCCAUGCUGGAGAAUGCCUCCGACAUCAAGCUGGAGAAGUUCAGCAUCUCGGCCCACGGGAAGGAGCUCUACGUCAACGCUGACCUCUACAUCGUGGCCGGGCGCCGCUAUGGCCUCGUGGGACCCAACGGGAAAGGGAAAACGACGCUGCUGAAGCAUAUCGCAAACCGGGCCCUGAGCAUCCCCCCCAACAUCGAUGUCUUGCUCUGCGAACAAGAGGUGGUGGCGGACGAGACGCCGGCGGUGCAGGCGGUGCUACGCGCUGACACCAAGCGGCUGCGGCUGCUGGAGGAGGAGAAGCGGCUGCAGGCGCUGCUGGAGGGGGGUGACGAUGCCGCUGCCGAGCGCCUGGAGAAGGUGUACGAGGAGCUGCGGGCCAUUGGCGCGGCCGCUGCUGAGGCAAAAGCGAGGCGAAUUCUGGCUGGUUUGGGAUUUAAUCCCGAAAUGCAAAACAGAGCGACCAGGAAGUUCUCCGGUGGGUGGCGAAUGAGAGUGUCCCUGGCCCGGGCUCUGUUUAUGGAGCCGACGUUGCUGAUGUUGGAUGAACCCACCAACCACCUCGAUCUCAACGCCGUCAUCUGGCUCAACAAUUACCUGCAGACCUGGAAGAAGACGCUGUUGGUGGUGUCCCAUGACCAGGGUUUCCUCGACGACGUUUGCACUGACAUCAUCCACCUCGAUGCCCAGCGUCUCUUCUACUACCGGGGCAACUACAUGACAUUCAAGAAGAUGUACCAGCAGAAGCAGAAGGAGCUGCUCAAGCAGUUCGAGAAACAGGAGAAGAAGCUCCGCGACCUCAAGGCUGGCGGCAAAUCCACUAAGCAGGCGGAGAAGCAGACGAAGGAGGCACUGACACGGAAGCAGCAGAAGUGCCGGCGGCGGACAGCAGCCGAGGAGGCGGCCGAGGCCCCAGAGCUGCUGAAACGGCCCCGGGAAUACACCGUGCGCUUCACCUUCCCCAACCCGCCCCCCCUCAGCCCCCCCAUCCUCGGCCUCCACGGUGUUGACUUUGGCUAUGAGGGGCAGGAGCUGCUGUUCCGCAACCUGGACUUCGGCAUCGACAUGGAGUCACGGGUUUGCAUUGUGGGCCCCAACGGUGUGGGGAAGAGCACGCUGCUGCAGCUGCUUACCGGGCGGCUGACGCCGACGCGGGGCCAGAUGAGGAGGAACCAUCGGCUGAAAGUGGGCUUCUUCAACCAGCAAGCGGCCGAGCAGCUGCGGCUGGAGGAGACGGCGGCCGAGUACCUGCAGCGUAACUUCAACCUGCCCCACCAGGACGCCCGCAAGUGCCUGGGCCGCUUUGGGCUGGAGAGCCACGCCCACACCCUGCAGAUCGCCAAACUCUCGGGUGGCCAGAAGGCCCGGGUGGUGUUUGCCGAGCUGGCCUGUCGCGAGCCCGAUGUCCUCAUCCUGGACGAACCCACCAACAACCUGGACAUCGAGUCCAUUGACGCCUUGGCUGACGCCAUCAACGAGUACCAGGGAGCUGUCAUCGUGGUGAGCCAUGACGCCCGGCUGAUCACUGAGACGAGCUGCCAGCUGUGGGUGGUGGAGGAGCAGGGCCUGAGCCAGAUCGAUGGCGACUUCGAGGACUACAAGCGCGAGGUGCUGGAGGCGCUGGGGGAGGUGGUCAUCAACCGCCCCCGUGAGUGAGGGGGUGGGGGGGCCCUGCCGUGCUCCCUCCCACCGCUAAUAAAGAGAACCGGAGCACUAAUGCCUGGA